AUGGUGAAAGAAACUAAGCUUUACGACUUGUUGGGUGUUUCUCCCUCCGCCCUGGAAACCGAGAUCAAAAAGGCCUACAGAAAACAGGCCCUCAAGUACCAUCCAGACAAGCCAACUGGAGACACAGAAAAAUUCAAGGAGAUUUCCGAAGCAUUCGACAUUUUGUCCAACGGAGACAAGAGGCAGGUUUACGAUGACUAUGGUUUGGAAGCUGCCAGAGGUAAUGCUCCUGCUGGCGGUAAUCCAUUUGCUGGAGCAACUGGAGCAGGAGGACCAGGCGGCCAUUCGUUUAACUUCAGCAGCGGUGGUGGUGGUGGUGGAGGAUUCUCGCAGGCCGAUGCUUUCAACAUCUUCUCCCAGAUGGGUGGCUUUGGCAUGGACGACGGCUUCAGCUUUGGAGGCUCCGGAUUCGGAGGAGGGUCUGGAUUUGGAGGAGGCUCCCACUUUGGCGGAGGUGGAGGCAUGCCAGGCGGUUUUGGCGGACGCUCUGCCCGUCGUCCUGAACCAGAUACCGUGGCUAUGCAGUUGCCUGUGCUGUUAGAGGACUUGUACUCUGGAGGUACCAAGAAGAUGAAGUUGGGUAGAAAGGGUCCAGACGGCUCCAAAGAGUUCAAGGUUUUGGAAGUGAAGAUCAGACCUGGAUGGAAGGCCGGUACUAAGAUCAACUUUGCCAACGAGGGUGACUACCAACCUGAGUGUCAGGCCAGACAGACUGUGCAGUUUAUCAUUGAAGAGAAGCCACAUGCAGUGUUCAAGAGAGACAACAAUGACUUGGUUGCUACUGUCCGUUUGUCAUUUAAAGAGUCGUUGUUGGGCUUUGACAAGGAAAUCACCACUCUCAGUGGAAAGAAGAUCAAUAUCUCCAGAUCCACACCAGUGCAACCUUCAUCGACAAACAGAUACCCAGGCUUGGGUAUGCCUAUUUCAAAGACCCCCGGCCAGAAUGGAGACCUUGUAGUUAACUACAAGAUCGACUUCCCAGUGCUGUUGACUGCUGAGCAGAAGGAGGCCAUCAGGUCGGCAUUCUAG